GUGGAUGUCACAGAACCUGAAAUAAGGCUGGGCCUCUGAUGUGUACGGGUGUAUGGGCAUUGGGCCUACUGCCACUUUGCUGACUGAAUCAUCGUGACUUAGCUCCUCUCAUGUGCUCUGUCGGAUUGGGACGUGGGGGCCCUUGAGGUUGGGGAUUCAACCUUUUUUGGAACAACAUACCUUUAAAUUAGUGAAAGGUAUGAAGUAGUCACCUAAAAUAAAACCAUUUUCUAACUAUACUCAAUUACUAUAAUCAGCACACAAUCAUGGAAUGGAAGACAGCCACUAUUUAUAAACGGCCCCAUCUCAGUUGUAGCAAGAAUAAAAAAAUAAACUUCCGGGCCACCGGCCAGUGAUGUGCCCGCCACGACCGUCGACCGGGUCCCUUUAAUUCUUCUCCUCUCCUUCUACUUUGUUCGCUUGUUAAUGUUUUUUAAUCAAAUUAAGGCAUGCCCACUUAAUAUCCAUUUUCAAUCAAAUUAAUUCUUCCAUUUAUGUGUUUUUCUGUCUAAACUUAAAUAGCACCAUCAGACUUUUUAGUUCUGCUAAAAGGCAACACACCCGUUACCAAAUUUAGUGAAAUUUGAUUGUUUUCAAGAACUGAAAGUCGCUUUCUUUCCCUGUGAAGUCUUUCAAUUUUUAGCGGCGGCGGCGCUGGUAGAUUGUUCUUGGCGGGGAUGGGAGAUGUGGACGCCGGCGAUCGACUCCCGAGUAGAAGAAAGAGUCUAAUGCGGCGGUGGUUCCGGCUGAAAGGGGUCAGCUGUUGCGGCGCCUCUUGGGGUCUCGCGCCGGCCGCUGACAGCCUCAUAGUCGACGACGGAAGCGGCGGCGGUGAGGAAGUCCGGCGAGCGGAAAUUGCGGAAAUGGGUAUGCAAAAUCCGCCGGAGAACGAGUCAGAGCCGGAGUGCACGGCGGGAUCAGGGACGAAUCUUGCUGCUGCGCUGGAGGCUGAGCGGCAGUACAGGGCGGCCGUCGACGGCGGGCAAGUGGGGCCCAGCAACAGCGCGGCGGAUGACGGUGGAGAUGCAAUUAAACGGCCGGCCACCAGAAUGUCGUUGAUGAGGUUGUUGGAGGAAACGGACGGCGGCGAUGCAGGGGAGAUGCAGAUGGGGGGCGAUUCGGUGUGCUGCGUGUGCAUGGGAAGGAAGAAGGGCGCGGCGUUCAUACCGUGUGGACACACUUUUUGCAGGGUGUGUUCGACUGAGUUGCGGUUGAACCGAGGUUGCUGUCCUCUCUGCAACACAUUGAUUCUUGAGAUUCUUCACAUUUACUAAGAAAAAAGUAUCAAAGACUGUCAGAUUGAUGCUGGAGAUUUGUGUUCUUGUUUGGGACGUUUUCGUUGGGCAAGUUGUAUGAGUGGUGUUGAUAUGGAAAUUAAUGGGAUUGACCUCUACCCUAAUUAUUGAGGACAAGUGUGAUAAUAUGGACAGAAUGCGUUGAAUUUAUUGAAAUUGAAGUAUUUGUGUUUAAAGAUAGAGGUGGCUUAAUAUGUUUUUUUAGAAGUUUUUUGUUUUUUUAAACUGAAACUCCGUACUACCUCCAUCCCUUUUAAAUGUCCCGGAAGAGGGUGACACGAGUUUUAAGAAAAGUGGGUUUGUGUGGUUGAUAUUAAUUGAUAAAGUAAGAAUAAAGUAGGAAUAAAGUAAGAAUGAUUUUGUGCCA